ACAGGUUUUGUUUCCCAAUCCCCUUCAAAUAGCAAGAACUGUGAAUACCGUUACUACACCUAAAGAUCAUCCUAGUUCGGACUCCAUUGCCAGAUAUUUCCUGCCUAAAUUUCCUUAUUCCCUAAACGUCCUCCAACUCUCUCCUUCUUUCACUUUCAUGUCGUUUAAUCUCUAAAGGAAAGAGUUAGUUUGUCUGCAUGUAGUCUUGCUGUGAUAAUGAGGCCAAAUUCAUCAUUUUGAAAGCUCAUCUAGACCAUCUCUUCCCUGCGAACCGAUAGCUUAGCCUCUGUUUCACCUGGUUAUUUCUCUUUCUUUAUUCAAUGAGCCAGUUGCACUGGUAACAGAAUCAUGUUUUGAUGCUUGGUUCUAGUAGAUUAGCUCUAAAUAAAAAGGUCUGUCGUCAGUCCCAACAGCAACUCUCUACCUUGAAUAUUAACGGAGAUAUCUCACCUUGACAAACUCGAUUUAUGACGUCAUCCACUGCGGUAGUGCAUAACAUGAUACCUCCUACCGUGGUGGAUAACAUCAUAAAUCAAGUUUUUAUAGUCGAGAUACCUUGGUUAGUAUUCAACGUAGAAAUUUGCUGUUUGGCCAGAUCUCAUCAUUUUUAGUUGAUCUGCAUGAGUAAAGUAUCAAAACUCGAUUCUGAGACCAGCACAACUGACCUAUUCUUCCACUCCAAUGUUUUAUUUCCAUUGUUUCAAGUCUAAAUUUUUUUGCAAUUACCUGUUUACUCUGCUCACUAGAGGUGUUGUCAGCUAAGUAGGCACUCGUUUAUAUUCCACUUGAAAGCGAUAGACGCCGUUAGUUGCGAUGUCAUCAUAUGGAUUCUCCAUUAUAUCAAAUUGGAUCCAAACAAUAACAUUGGAGUAACCUCUUUCAAUGCUACUAAUGCGAAUAAAUCGAUAAAUAUCGCUUUUUUGUGAUGUGCCACCAAUAGCGUCUAUUGCGAUGCAAUUGUCCAACAGCAAUAGGGGAUAUACGGUAGCCUGACUUUAAGCUUAGUCAAUCCUCGAUUACUGUUGGACGACUGCAUUGUAGUUGCUUGCAAACGAUAUGUAUUCAAGUGCCAACUUAGCUGACGACACCUCUACCUCAAGUUAGCAGCAUUACUUCUGAUAGUUAAGCACUAGUUUUUCCUACCUCUUGAAGGCAUAAAGUUGUUUGACCAAUUUUAUCUACUACAACUACUGUCUACUACUGUCAACCUUCUCUGGUAUUGAAUCUUGCAACACUCAAGAAUAUUUAUUUUUGGUUCACAGUGUACUCUCUCUUCUUAAUCUAAUAGAGUGGGUAUGUUUUCAAAACCAUUCAUUUCUUUAAGUUCCAUGUACAACAAUGCUUACUUGUCACAUUUUUAUGUCUUUGAUGGUAUUUUGCUCAAAGGAGUCAACAUCUCAAAAUGGCAGCAGCUAGGGUAACAUUAACUGAUGCCUUAUCCAACGUUGACGCCUCAGAUGAGCUUACAUUACCUGAUGAACUACCACUUAUCGAAGCUUUGCCAUGCUCUGUCAUUUAUCAAGCUAACUUUGAUACCAACUUCGAAGACCGGAAUGGGUUCGUCACUGGCAUAGCAAAGUACAUUGAAGAAGCCACUGUUCACGCCAGUUUGGGAAGCUUCACAUUCCUGCUACUUGACCACCGUUAAUCUGUCUAAUUGAAUGGAUGAUAAAUGAUAAUUUAUGAUUUUUUGAAAAAUCUUGCUUUUUCAAGAUAAUUUUGAGAAAAAUGAGAGGAAAUCAUAAGUUUUUAGCAGUGAAUGAAUAAUAUCAAGAACUACCGAUAACAUGCUUAAAUCGAUACUCAGAAAAAAUGAUAUGACUCUUUCACUCUUACCUAAAUCAUUACAGAGCUACUGCAGGAUUAGAAACAUCAUAUCUAAAAAGUUAGUUCUAUGCAAGUGUUUUCAACUUGAAGCAGACAUUUUGAAAAUAGGUAGAGGCAUCUAUUUUAGAAAACAGGCAGAUAUUUAUAUAUGUCUUUGAUGGACGGUCAUUUGAACCUUGAUUUCAAUUUUAAAGAUUUAAAACUAUCCAAGGAAUCCAUUGCCGAUCGACCUUUAAAUGUAAAUGUACCCAUUUUUGAACCUUUAUAGUAUAUGCACUGAAAACAGUCAAUAGGUUUUUUCAUUGAGGCUUAAUCGACACCGGUUUUGGUCAUUUUAAAAAUUCAGAGCUUUGCCAUGUUGUGAAUUUGAAGUUUUCAAUCUACUAAUCCUGUAAAAUAUCCAUUUGUAAUGCUCCAGAAUGAACUGUUGGAAGAUGGCUUGGAACAUGCAGUCAUGCUGUACACGUGGUGAUGUUGCUCUGGAGCCAUACCGCAAUCAAAGUCCAAUGAGCAGCCGAACUGGGUGGAAAUCUAUGAAAAGACUAUUAAAGUAUUAGCUCCUGAAGUGAACAAGCUGCUUAAUAUCAUGUAUUUUCAGCGAAAAGCUAUUGAAAGAUUUUGUGCAGAGGUAAAAAGGCGGUGCCAUGCUGAAAAGAGGAAGGAUUUUGUGUCUGGAGCCUACUUGCUCACCUUAGGAAAAUUUAUCCAUACGUUUGUGGUGCUAGAUAAACUGAAAAACAUGAAAUCAUGUGUGAAAAAUGAUUAUUCUACCUCGUGUCGUGCUGCCCAGUUAUCGAAAGUUAUGGCAGAUUCACACAUCCUGCAAGAGUCGCAGAAUUCAUCCAUGUUUCUCGCUUCACAGAACAAAAUUCGAGACACGGUGAAAGAGAAUUUGGAAAAAAUAAUCGGUUACAAAGAGCUUCUGUCUGAUGUUGUCAAUCUGUGUGUGCAAAUGUUCGAAACAAAGAUGUACCUGACUCCCACCGAAAAGCACAUGCUGGUUAAAGUUGUCGGAAAAUCGGAAGCUACAUUUCGUUCGUGCGUUAGUUAUUCGCUUGGUUUUUGUCUGUUUUUCUAACUUAAUAAAUUGGAAGAUGCAAAGAUUCAGUUGGACGCGAAUAUUAAGUACAUUCCAAUGCGUGGGAGGAGGACAAGCUGGGGCCGUGGGCAUGUAGGACCACCCACGGAAAUAAUUGCUCCACAACCUGCACAGCAACCUCCACCGCAGCCUUUACCACAACCUCCUCUGCAAUCAGCACCUGCACCGAUUCCUCCACAGGAGCCAUGAUGUCUGGGAGAAAUAACAAUCAGUUCCGAAGAGGAGCCGCCAUCCGCAGACUCAUUGAGAACUGAUGCUUGAAUCAGGCAGCCUAGAACACAUGUCUUGAAAGAAAAUGCCAACUAUUUUCGUUCCUCAAUGAUUACCUUUAGACGGAAUUGACGCUGCUCAUAAUUGUUUUACUUCUCUCUUACUGCCUUUUUUAAACAAUAUAUAUUUUUUUUAAAUUUAAUGAUCAUUUUGUUUACUUGCUAAUUAUAAUAUUCAUUUAUUAGUGUUUAAAUACGUUAGUGAGUUGCUUGUGUAACACUGAUUUUUGUUCCUUUUUUUGGAAACUUGAAUGAAUUUCAUGCGCUCAUGUAAACAAGCUCGUUCUUAGACUAACAGUGCAAA